AUGAUAUCGUGUCGAUUGCCGAAAACAGUAUCAAAUACAGAAAAUGCUGCGAGGACUCGACACAAAAAAGCAGCCAUUCUGCGGCUCUUCCACCCAGGGGCCAUUAAACCCGUGCUGCUGGAGUCAGCUGCCAUCGCGCCCAAGGACUACAUGUUCUACGGCUUCCUGAAGCCCUGGCUGGGCUCCAAGACAGCGAAGCAACUGGAGACACUUCACUUCAACCAGUCUGCCAUACACAGCACUGAGGUGAAGCUGGCCACGGAUCUGAAGAGGCUGCAGUCGGACCAGGCCACACUGAAAGUGGAAGUGUCGGAGGAUCUGGCCAAAGCGAAAAGUGACAGAGAUGACAUCAGGGCUGAGGCCUACAAAAUUCUGGAUGUUGUCCAGAAAGGGAACGACUCCGCCUGCAGCAUUUGUCCAGCCGGCUGGCUGCUGAAUUCAGGGAACUGCUACUACUUCUCCACAGAGCAUAAAUACUGGUCCUAUGCCAAGCAGGCCUGCAAAGACCAAGGCGCCACGCUGAUUAUUAUUGAUAACCCACAAAAGCAGGAGUUUGUGACAAAGAACGCUAACGGCAAGCAGUACUGGAUCGGCCUGCACGACGUUAGCAAUGAAGGGACAUUUAUAUGGGUCGACGACAGUUCCGUGUCAUACAGCAACUGGGAUCGAGGGGAGCCCAACAAUUUUGGCAGUGGCGAGGACUGCGUGAUGAUGCUCAAAGACGGGAAGUGGAACGACGCUCCAUGUGUGAUGAAUGAGGUUGGCUGGAUCUGUGAAAAGAAGUGGACUUGUUAAACUGUGGCCAGGAGGAACACAACACAGCCAGCGCAUCUUAAUAACCACAGAGCCACCCUGCUGCCCUCUGGCCCCUUCCAUGCAAGGUCUGCCAGCUCUUUAUAAACUUCAGUGCGUUAAACCUCACAGACCUCACCCCUUCCACUCUUGGGAGCAAGGUAUUAUCACCCUAACUUUACAGAUGGGGAAACUGAAUCACAAAGACUUACCCAGGUCACAGCAGUGAAUCAGUGGAAGAGACUGGAUUAGUACCCAAACGUCCUGACUCCUAGUCCCCUGUUCUUAUGACACCACAGUAUUUCAGAUGGCUGGAAACAGGAGUCCUGACCACUCCUGCUCUAACCACUAAACCACCCUCCCCUCCAAGAGCCAGGGAUAGAACCUAGGCAACUCCCAACGCUCCUGAGUCCUGACUCUAAUCCCUAGAGCCCAUUCAAUUCCCAGUGCUGGGAAUAGAUCCUAAGUGUCCUGAAUUCCAGCCCCUGCUCUAUUAGACAAAAUAGACU